AUGCCAACGGAAAAGGUGCUGGGGAUGUGGUGGAAUACGACCACAGAUACGUUCACCUUUAAGUUAUCACCGAAGCACGAUGUCGAACUACUGUCAGGUGUUAGAAUGCCCACGAAACGUGAAGUGCUGAGGACGUUGAUGGCAAUAUAUGAUCCAGUAGGACUCAUCGCUAAUUUCCUGAUCUACUUGAAGAUCCUGCUACAAGAAAUCUGGCGUGCAGGAUGCGGCUGGGAUGACGAGAUCAGCGGAAAGCUAGCUGAAAAAUGGUUGACAUGGGUUGAAGUGCUACCUCGCGUCCAUCAAGUCAACAUUCCUCGCUGCUACAGAAUCAAAACGUCCGCCAAUCCGACAAGUAAUUUGGAAUUGCAUAUUUUCUGCGACGCCAGUGAGAACGGGAUUGCUGCUGUUGCCUAUUUUAGGUUCGAAGAAAAAGGAAAGGUUGAAUGCUUGCUGGUUGGAUCGAAGACACGUGUUUCCCCUCUGAAGUUCCUCUCCAUACCUCGCCUUGAGCUUCAGGCUGCUGUGAUUGGUUCUCGACUCGCCGAUUGCAUCGUCAAGUCACAUCGUUUGAAGAUCAUGCGUUGCGUUUUCUGGACCGACUCCCGUGAUGUUGUCUGCUGGUUGCGAUCGGACCACCGACGAUAUAGCCAAUUCGUGGCAUUCAGGCCCGAAGAGCAGUGGCCCGUAGAUAGUGGAAAUCAAGGCGUAACCAUGGAGGAAAUUCGACCCAGCAUUCUCCACCACACAGCUGUCGCUCCACUACUAGUAAACUUUGACCGCUUCUCUAAAUGGAAUCGGUUACUAAGAACGAUUGGAUAUGUUCACCGGUUUGUCGACAAUCUUUGUAAUCGCAAGAAGAAAGUAUCAAUGCAGCAGGGACCCUUAACACAGGAAGAGCUGAGUCUUGCCGAGAACACAAUUUAUCGUUUGGUUCAGCACCAGGCUUAUCCAGAUGAAAUCCAGUUGCUCCACAACAGUAAACCCGAGUCUCAUUCAUGGGAGCGCAUUCUGCCGAAAACCAGUCCGUUGUACAAGCUGAGCCCAACCAUUGAUAAGCAGGGUGUCCUCAGAAUGCAAGGGCGAAUCAAUGCGUGCAAAUGGGUACAGGACUCAAUAAACAUUCCGAGCGGAAUGAUGACCAAAUCGCAAAUCGCUGUUGCUCGAGGUGCACCCGGCAAUACAAGCUCAAUUCCUUUAAAAGUUGCGAACGUUUUGCAGCCUAUUCUAGAUUUGGAAUCCUUCUACGUGACACCUUUCUCACCUGACCAGAACGAAGUCGAAAUCAAACAUUUAAAACUGUUUCGCCUCUUUUGCCCGACGACCGAAAUCGGCACCGUACCUGCCUUCGGAUCCGCUUAUCACCAAGGACGCAAAACAACAACAAGCUAUACACCGCGACGCAUCGUAGAAAGCACGUUGGAGACCCCAUCUAUGAUCGGCACAGUCCCGCCUAAUGCAGUCAUCGGAGUCGUCGCGGUCCUGUUGUCGAACCUGUCGAUGGGGUUUUCCAGCCUGCUUCACUAA